AUGGCUCAGCCAGUCGCUCCGGAACACUGGACGGAGCUCAUCGCGGCCAGGAAACAGAGGCGGCUCUGUUCGGCACAAAUCGAGGAGUUCAGGCCCUCGUGCGCCAGCGGAUGUGGCAAGAAACACGUUUCAGACUGCACAGGAUGCUACAUCCGGGUGCUGGAGAGGAUGCGCCAGAGGUACAGCGGGAGUCAGGAUCGCGAAUGGUUCACGUAUAGGAAAGCGUUUCACCAGGAGCUGGAAGAACUCUUUGCAGACGCGAAGGACCGCAAGAUUGGCCUCAAGAAGAUCGAGGCGCGGAUAGAGUCGGAGAAGGAGGCCUGGUAUCGAUGGAUACUGCGAAAACACCCCGAGUUCCUCGUUGUGUGCGACGACCCAUUCAUUCAGGACGAGCUGAGAGGCAUGCUGGACGACCCGGAUCGAUCACGCGACGAGGUGGUGAGCAUGAUUUGGCGAGGGAUUGGCAAGCCGCCCGACUGGGCCGAACGGGUCGAUUCGUUUGUGGCCAGCGUUGAGGCUGCCGAGGGGAAUGCAGCUGCCCUCCGGAAGCUCUAUGUUGAGGAAUUCUUCAUGAAUCGAGAGACGGGUGAGCCGGUGCAGGACUCGAAGCCGUAUCUGGACGAGUUUUCUUCCAACGAAGACAUGAGCAUAGAAGGGAUUAUCGGCAAGAUGGUCAAGGAUGCGCAGGAGAACAAGACGAUGCGGCCCCAGCGAGAGUUCUUCCAGGCACGACUUGACGACCUCCGGAGGGCCAGGAUGGCCGAUGAGCUGAACAAGAAGCAGCAGGCUAAGAGCCAGGCUCAAACGGCUCAAGAGCAGGUAGCAGGCGAUGAACUCUACGAUUUACCUCCUUGUUCGACGUGCGGCAAAGUCGUGCCUGCAAACGAUGUCUUUUCCUGCACUGUAUGCCAGACAAUCACACAGAUGGGCGGCAGCCAGAGGCUCACUGUCUACUGCUCAGAAGAGUGCUUCGACGCUGGACACGGCAAACAUGUCGACGAAGCACACCAAUGUGACGGCGGGGACGGCUGUAUUCAGAAGCGCCGCACUGGCAGCGAGGAAGACAUCAUCAUGGAUGAUGCAUUUGCCCUGGAGGUGUUUGUGUGCAAGCAGUGCGUCAACUCGGGACGCCUGACGCUGUUCUGCUCACAACGCUGUGCAUCUGAGAACAUGGCCAGGCACCGACUGGCCGCGCAUGAGAUCAAGACCGAGGCCGCUGACGUGCCGAAUUUCGUGACGUUGCUGUCGAACGUGGUGGAGUCGGUGCUUCGCCGGGAGAAUCCUGGAUUGCGGAUGGAGUUUGUGUAA